AUGUUCAUGGAGGUCAAGGGAGGCAGGUCCUUCCAGAAGCUGGGCUUUGCAGACCUCACCUGGUGGAGUUUGCUGGUGCGAGGUCUCUGCUCACGGCGCUACUUGCUCGAGGGUUACGAUGCCAAGCACCGGCAAGACAACUCUAUCCUGCAGUUGUCACUUAGCAUGACCUCCAUCUCUGGAGAUCCUUGCUUCAAGGCUCCCACACUGCUGCCAUGCCCUGCACCCAGUGAGCAGCAGCCCAAUGAGCUGCACGUAGCGGCUCCCAAGGUGGAUGACCACAGUGGUAGCAGCAUUGCAAGCAGCAGCAGUGGCUUUGGCAGCCUGCCUCGUAAGCAGCGGCCUACCAUUGGCAAUACAUCUGCAGAAGGGGGCAAUGGUGGCAUGGGGUGCCCAGAGCCAAGCGAGCCCAGGCGGGAGGAGGACUUUGAACAAUGCCACUCGCGCACUUCGAGCUAUCACAGCCAACAUUCUCGUGGCUCUGGCUAUGGCAGUCUUCAAUCGCACUCAAGACAUGGUAGCUCCGAGUCUGGACAUGUCAGGUAGGUCUGCUCUG